ACGCUCGAGACGCAGGACGACGAGCGUCUGCGCAUCGGCGAGGAGGUGGCACUGCGCAGGUUGUGGGAGGAGCCAGGCAGGAGAGAGAGAGCGCUGGCGUGGAGCACUGCAGUCGUGCGCUUUGAAAAGGAGACGAGGCUCGUUUGGCGAUGGUGGAUCUGGCGCGUCCCACUGCUAGUCUUCCUCACCCCCACCUCCUCCGGCGACUUGACGUUUCGCCAUCUCUCGCUCGCAUGGACGUCGCCUCCCUCUCCGCUCGAGCUGCUCGAGCUGAUGGCUACGCCGCAAGCUUGGCUUGCGCUGCCUUCGUGGCACGGCCUGGGCGGAGGAGGAGGAGGAGAGAGAGGAGGGACAUCGGGAGGAGGAGCUUGGUAUGCCCGCUGGCUAGGCCUCCUCUUCUCCUACAUCAAUCCCUUGACGGAUGCAAUGCCUGCUUGGGCAAUGACUGCAGCGAGCGCAACACUGGCAAGUCUGCUCGUCAAGUGGCUACAUCGACCCUCUGUCUCGACCUCAUCCUCUCCUUCCACCUCUGCGUCUACCGCCACGUCUUCCCGUCGAGCUCCGACAGCUGGCAGAACGCGACAAUCUGCCGUCGGCGCGGCCUCAGCCUCGGCUUCAGCCUCGACUGCGUCUUCUCGCGCCGCGAGUGCACGCCCAACUGCGAGCGAGGAGAGCGGGCAGGUGCCGCCAAGCGUGCCGCGCUCGGCCGUGCCCUUCAAGCUGUCGCGCGCGCAGCUCGAAGCGAUGGCGCUGCCGAGGGCCAAGCAUGGGCAAGAAGAGAUCGAUGCGACAAGAGCGGCGGCGCAACCUGGCGACGAAGCAGUAGCAGCAGCAGCAGCAGCCGCAGCAGCAGUAGGGACAGCCAAGACAAGCGAGAGGGGAGGAGACAAUUAAGCCAUUUCUGAGGUUGUUACAGCGUAGCGCGUUUCGACAAGGGCGGGUCGAGAGUCAAGUAGAGUGAAGAGAGUCGAUGUGUGACUAGAGGACGGGGAAGGAAGAGACAGAAGAGGGAGGAAAAAGGCAUGAGGUGAAAAAGUAGCGCAGUAACUAGACGGUGAGAAGAGGGGAAA